AUGGGGCUCUAUGGGUCUCUGUGGGUCUCUAUGCAUCUCUACGGGGCUCUAUGGGUCUCUAUGGGUCUCUAUGGGGCUCCAUGGGUCUCCGUGGGUCUCUAUGGGUCUCUAUGGGUCUCUGUAGAGCUCUAUGGGUCCCUAUGGGGCUCUAUGGGGUCUGUAUGGGCCUCUAUGGGUCUCUAUGCAUCUCUAUGGGGCUCUAUGGGCCUCUAUGGGUCUCUAUGGGUCUCUGUGGGGCUCUAUGGGUCUCUAUGGGUCUCUAUGCAUCUCUAUGGGGCUCUAUGGGUCUCUAUGGGGCUCUAUGGGUCUCUGUGGGCCUCUAUGGGUCUCUAUGGGUCUCUAUGCAUCUCUAUGGGACUCUAUGGGUCUCUAUGUGGUCUCUAUGGUCUCUAUGGCUCUAUGAGGCUCUAUGGGAUCUCUAUGGGGUCUAUGGGUCCCUAUGGGGUCUCUAUGGGGCUCUGUGGGGUCUCUAUGGGGUUCUAUAGGGCUCUAUGUGUCUCUAUGUGUCUCUAUGAGGUUUCUAUGCGGUCUUUAUGGACCUCUAUGGGUCUCUAUGGGGUCUCUAUGAGGUCUUUAGGGGGCUCUAUGGAUCCCUAUGGGGUCUCUGUGGGGCUCUAUGGGUCUCUAUGCUCUAUGGGUCUCUAUGGGAUUCUAUGGGUCUCUGUGGGUCUCUAUGGGUCUCCAUGGGUCUCUGUGGGGCUCUAUGGGUCUCCAUGGGUCUCUAUGGGGCUCUAUGGAUCCCUAUGGGGUCUCUGUGGGGCUCUAUGGGGCUCUCUGGGCUGA